AUCGAGAAAAAAAAUAGAGAAAGAAGCACGGCGAAUGACUGAGUGAGAAGAACACGACAUGUUUUCUACUUUUUCACCACAAUGUGGUGUUUUGUGAGCGAAAGUCCAUCCGUUGUAAGAGAAUACAGAAUACCACAUUUGGAGUUAGGACAAGUUCUCUUUGACAGAGUAUGUGAGGAUUUGGGUUUGUUGGAGAAGAGCUAUUUUGGUCUUCGCUAUCGCUCCAAGCGCGGGGAGCUCUUAUGGCUUAACCUAAGAAACCCCCUCGGUGUGCAGCUUAGAGGGCGCUCUCCACAUCGACUCAGUCUUCAGGUCAAGUUCUUUGUUUCCCCACAAGAGCUACAACAGCCGAUAACAAGGCACAUCUACUACCUCACUCUAAAGAACCGUCUCCUCCUCGGUCAUUAUGCGGUCACAAAUGAGGAGAAAAUCAAGCUAUUCGGCCUCAUUGCCCAAGCAGAAUUGGGUGAUGCUGAUCAGACGCUACCCACACAGUACCACACCAUUCUACCAGACCUGAGUGAGGAAACCCUGAGUGAAGUUCUGACGGCGCACCGUGACAUCAUGUCGGACACCAUGACCCCGACAUACGCCGAGAUCCAGUUCAUCAGCAACGUCAGCAAGCUGCUGGGGUACGGCGUGGAGUAUUUCUCGGCGGAGACCAAGGAACGGGCCCAGGUCGUGAUCGGUGUUUGUACGACAGGUUUGCAGAUCUUAUCGCAGAGCAGAGAGCUUAUGCACAGCAUCAAAUAUGAAGACAUCAGUAAGGUCUCCUACCACCAGAAUCACUUCUCGGUCCACUACUACCGAUCGUCGGGAGGCACCGGAGUCGAGGACGUCCUGACGGCGCUCAAGUUUCGCCUCAGCUCCCGGAAGAUCGCCCAAGCCCUGUUCCGGGCGUUCACAGAGUCGCAUACCUUCUUUAGGUGUGAAAGCGUAGAGCGGGUGGUGAGACAGCAGCAUUCACACACAGGGUUUGGUUCCUUCCUGGUCUUGAUGAAACCCGAUACCUCGAGAGGCAAGGUGUUUAGAUUUGACGUUGGGCACACCAGACGCCAGGCCUACGACAGCGCCUGGAGGAAACUACACCCUGGACACAGUCCCACGCAAGACCAAAGAUGGUCGUUCGACUUUGAGAACUACAGCGGCCAGCGGACCUGGCCCGUGUCGAGCACGUUGAGAAGCACGCACUCCCAGGAGAUCCUGCUGAGCCGACAGCCGACCGGUAGCCAUCCUCCCAUCCAGAUCCCUAAACCUCCCAGCGCUGCCCAAGAAGACGACUCCAGUCCAGAUUCUACUCCCGACGGCACUCUACCCCAUAAGGCCAGUAGGCGGGACGGAGGGAGCCCGAUGAGCGGCGGUAAAGCGGAAGUGGAGAUGGUCGAGAAACUCCAAGACCAACUCUCGAACCUCCAGGAAUCAAGACUAUGUCAGGUUUGCCUAGAUAAGGAGAUGACCACCGUGUUCUGCCCGUGCGGUCACAUGUUCUGUUGCGAGACGUGCUCGAAAGAAUGCAACCGCUGCCCGGUGUGCCGAGCCGAGGUUAUCUAUGUUCAGAGAGUCUUCUUCUCCUGAAGCCAGAUCAUUGCCUUUUAUUAUUUUACCUCGGGAUUCCGCUUUUCAGACGAAUCGUGGAAUCCCAACAUUUCAUCAUAUUAAGUUGAAUGCCAAUGCCAGCGACCACAAAUGGGUCAAAAUUGAAAAGUUACAAUUUGAGAAUAUCUCAAAUAGAGUAUUCUUCCCCGAAGUCAUAAUAUAGCCUUUAUCAAGUUAUGUCAUGGUUGUACUUUUCAGACGAAUCUUGGAAUCCCGAAAUUUUGUCAUAUUAUUUUGAAUGCCAGCAACCACUAAUGGAAUAGUAUUAAAAGUUGUUAAUACCAAAUAUAUUAUGUCACAUUUCUACUUUUCAGACGAAUCUUGGAAUCCCAAAAUUGUGUCAUAUUAUUUUGAAUGCUAGCAACCACAAAUGGAAUAGUAUUAAAAGUUGUUAAUACCAAGAUAUUGUGGUUAAAUUUAUACUGAAAAUAAGUUUUAACCAAUAUCCAUUAGAGGAUAUGUUGCCAUUCCUGAAUAAAGCUAUAAAUGCUAUAAAUCAUUACACGUUUUAAAUUGGCAACAUCAUGGAAUCACCGACAUCAAUGUUCCAAAAUUUCAAUUCGCAACUUUUUGUUGGAAUUCCACUUUUAUCAUUAUUUUGGGGUUACUAUUAAUAUUUCUCCUGCAAUUAUUUAUUUUGUGUCUAUAUUAUACAAAUUUUAGGAGGAGGUCAAGUUUCCCUUUAUUUGAUACAAAUAUGAAAAUCCAUGAUAUCCACAUUAGAUUACUGUAUAUUUGUUUAGCUGGUUAUGAAGGAUGGAAGGUUUUAUUUUUUAAGGGGGGGGUUGAUUUAUUUAAUCUUAUAAUCAGUCUUUGUCCAUUAAUUGUAAAGUCACAAAAAGGUGAAUUAUAAAAGUUGAUAUAUGUUCAUUACUUUCGGCAUUGUCAGAUCCAGUGCUAGAAUCAUGUUAUUUUAAAGUAUGUUCCCCACAAAGAAAUUUCUUAUGAAAAAUUUAUUUUGUCGUUCAAUGUUUGUUGGGAAAACGGUAAUUAUGAGAUACUUGAUGAUGUUACAUGUAUAUGUAUAUGUUUAUAGAUACAAGUAACAUAUUUGAAAGGACUAAACUUCUUUUAUUGUAGAAUUUCAUAAUGCAAAGAGAAGACACUGAAAAUGUUGAUAAUAUUUUGAAACUUUAUGAAGUAUAAAAGUGUCCUGUAGUUAAUGCUUAUUAAAUCCAUUUAUUAUUGCACUUCUUGUAAGUUUAUUCAUUUGCUGAAUGAAUAUUGUGUAGUAAUUCUUGCUGGGCGAUCGUAACAUAUUUCACGCUUCAUAUGAAGACGGAGUGAUCCCCGUACAGAGUCAAUAAUGUCGGGUAUUUUUUUUUUUUAAAGCCCCGCACACCUUGCAACUGAACCACGAUCCGAUGUUAGAAACAAAUCCCAUUUUGCCUAGUUUCUAAAAAUUUUAAUGAAAAGUAUCCUUAUGUUAUGUUGAAAUUAAUUAAGAAUACAAAUACAACGUUUUUGGAUGACUGCAUGCCUUUAUUUUGGAGUAAAUCGUAGCCAAUCGUACAAUUGCUGUGACCUCAUUACGAUUUGAUUUACCAUCCGCUUUUAUUUGUAUAUUGAUGGUACAGAUUUGAAUGUAAGCAUUUGUACAUUGCUUUUGAAUGUCACAUAGUAAGCUGUGUCGACAUUGGCAUGAAAUUUUACUGCAUUUUAUUCCAAAAUCGGGUCCCAAAUUCGGGUCUCUUUGAUACUGAUCGUAAGGUGUGCGGUGGCCUUCAGUAAUGUCUUCUAGUAUUUGAAUACAUGUGUAAAUUAUCAUCAUGUAUAUUAUAAACAGGAUCUGAAUUAGAGCAAUAAUGUCUAAUAAUAUAUAUUUUUGGUUACUAUUCUGAUUGUUGCAUACUCUCUAUGCACUUAUUAGAAAGAAGAUCUAUAUUUUGGGUAGUUCAUUACUGAAUCUAUAACUAUUGAAGUACCACUGUUUAUGAAUUAUGUAUGCACAAUUUUUUGUGAUAAUGGAAUUUAUCAUUCAUAUCACACAUGUCUAAUUUUGGUUUGGAUGUAUGAUUGGGUCCGUGGAGUACAACCGGGAAGGCACUAAUCUACAUUUGCCACUCUCCACCCUGGUGAUCAAUACGAACCCGAUCGGAUGUGAAGACCAAAGUAGUUUUAGUGUAGUAGGUUUCACGGUACACCAUGUAUCUAUUCUUGGGCAAGUGUUGGUCCUGAAGAGGACCACCCAAAUUUCGACAUUUCGACAAGUGUGUUCUUGUUGUCCUCAUGAGAAUGUAGUUUUGUUUCAUAAUUGAUCAUUCAAGCACCAUAUGGCUUGCUCAUUUGUUUCUGAGGAUAUCAUGUGUGAACAAGCCAGAAUCAGACUGUCAGAUUAACAAUUUGAAAAUUGAAUGUGUUGUUUGAAAUUGCCACUCUCAACCCAGCUGUUAAAUGUCACCUGAUUGGAAGUGAAUGUUAGUUUAGUUUUACUUUUUAAUUUUUGAUAAUUCAAGCACCAAAAUGACUGCUCAUUUGCUCAUAUUUUCCCUAGGGUAUCAUGUGCGAACAAGCCAGGAUCAUGUUAAUAAUUUGAAAAUUGAUUAUAUUAAUUAAAAUUGCCACUCUCCACCCAGGUGUUAAAUGUCACCUGAUGGGAAGUGAAUGUCAAUGUAGCUUUACUUUAUAAUUGAUUAUUCAAGCACCAUAUGACCGGUUUUUAGCUCAUGUUCUCUUGGAUAUUAUGUACGAACAAGCCAGAAUCAUAUUAAGAAUUUAACAGGUUAUUUGAAAUUGCCACUCUCAAUCUAGGUGUUAAAUGAGAACCUAUUAUGAUAUGAAUGCCAAGGUAGUUUUGCAUGAUUAAGCACCUUAUGACUGCUCAUUGGCUCAUGUGAUCAUUUGGAGAUCAUGUGACAGGAAUAGCAAAAGUUCCUUGGUGACGUCGCUGAUUUAGUUAACAUUGUAAAAAUUAAUGAGGUUAUUUGAAAUUGCUUCACGUCUGUGUUUCUUAUUUGUCACAAUUUCUCUGCAACAUCGAGCCCCUGUUAUAUUUUUUUACCAUCCAUCCAAUACCGUGUAUAUGCCUUCAGUGUUACAUUGUUCUUCCAUUUCAUCUUAAAUAAGCCUUCAUAUGCACUUCUCAUAUCCGUUACACAUCGGUCCCAUGGUUGUGUGUGGCUGUGACAUAUGCGUCACAUACCUGUCACUUGACUGUUAAAUGCUUGUACAUGUAUCUGUCGAUUUGGGCAGGGUGUUUUAUAUAUAUGUACAUGCAUGUCUAUUCAUAUUGGUCCUGUGUGUAUGUAUGUCUGUGUCAUAUAUGUCACAUGCCCGUCACAUUUCUGUUACAUUCUGGUCACGUUAUGUCAAUAUGUGAAGGUUUCUGACAUGCCAGUGACAUGUUUGUUAUGCAGGAUAUAGAUGCAAUGUAUAUAUACUUUUUCAUGUAAUUUACAUGAGUCCAUCUUGACCAUGUGAUCAUGUUUAGUAUGUCCGUGACAUAUUUGUCUCAAACAUAUCACAUUUCUGUUACAUUCUUUGUCAUUGUGUAUAGGCCUGUGACAUGUACAUGUAAGUGACAUAUUUGUCAUGCAGGAUGUUAUGUACAUGUAUUCUCUAUCCAUAUUGGUUCUGUGGACAUGUAUGUCUGUGUCCUAUCUGUCGCAGCCCUGUCACAUUUCUGUUACAUUCUCAUCAUGCAUAUUAAUGCGUGUAUUAAAGUCUGUGACUUGUUAGUGACAUUUCAUGCAAGAUAUAAAGUACACAUUUAUCCAUAUUAUUCCUGUGGGUAUGUACAUGUAUGUGUCUGAUAUAUCCGUCACAGCCCUGUCACAUUUCUAUUACGUUUUUAUCAUGUCUAUCAAUGCAUGAAACUCUGUGACUUGUUAGUGACAUUUCAUGCUAGAUGUUAGGUAUACCUGUAUCCAUAUUAUUCCUGUGGCUAUGUAUGUCUGUGACAUAUCUGUCAUAACCCUGUCACAUUUCUGUUACAUUCUCAUCAUGUAUAUUAAUGCGUGUAUUAAAGUCUGUGACUUGUUAGUGACAUUUCAUGCAAGAUAUAAAGUACACAUUUAUCCAUAUUAUUCUUGUGGGUAUGUACAUGUGUGUCUGAUAUAUCCGUCACAGCCCUGUCAAAUUUCUGUUACAUUCUUAUCAUGUCCAUCAAUGCGUGAAAGCCUGUGACUUGUUAGUGACAUUUCAUGCAAGAUGUUUAGGUAUACCUGUAUCCAUAUUAUUCCUGUGGCUAUGUGUGGCUGUGACAUAUCCGUCACAGCUGUGUCACAUUUCUGUUACAUUCUUAUUAUAUGUGUAUUGUAGGUCUGUGACACGUUAGUGACGUGUUUGUAAUGCAGGAUGUAAUGUGCAUGUAUAUGUAAUCCUAUUACUCCUUAUAGCUGUUUAUGUUGAUUACGUACCUAGUAUAUCACGCGACUGUCACUUGAUCUUACUUGUCUGUGACACAGCAAGUCUGCUUUGUGUAUCCAAUUCAUGUCAGUGUGCAAGUCCUGUCAUACAUAUGCAUGUAUACCUGUCACAUACGUCCAAUCUAAUGCACUAUGCCUUUCCAUACAUGUGUACCUUCAUACUGUACAGAUGCAUAUCAAUGUCCCGAUGUACCUUAUCAUUUAUCUACACUUGCCUCCUCUUACCCAGGAAUAGGAGUUCAGUGUUAUUUAGAGAUUUCGAUACUGCUACAUAUAUAUGAAUCAGAUUACCCUAUUUGAUAUAAGGAUAAACUAUUGCAGAAAUGUUCAAUUCAAAUUCUAUCAGAUUGAAUUCAAUUCAAUAUAUUCAAAGUAUUUGAUUAAUCAACAGAAUGAAUGAUUCUUAGUUUAAAAGGAAUAAAGUGAAUCUCCAUAUUGGUGGUCAUACUUAGGCUUAGUUAAGGGUUCAUUUUUUUUCUGAUGUCAUUUUGUGAAAAUUUAUUACAGGGUAAGAAAAUUGGCUAUAAUUUUGCCUGUAGGGAAAAAUACUUGUAAUAGUCCUGCAUAUGUACAGUGUAUACAUGCAUGUGGAAAAUCUGGGAUCAAUUUUAGCCAAUUGCGCAAGGUCCAAGAGUGUACAAUUUACAGUUGUUUUAAUUAUUAUAUUGAAAUGAGCACAGUAGAAUAGCGUGUAACAGGUAUAAAUUCUUUUCCACUAAAUAGUGGUUCAUGAAUGACGGUCAAAAUUUCAGCACAAAUGAACACAAACGUGUUCAAACAAAAAAAAUUGUCCAAACGCUACUCUGGACAGAAGACCUUUGCACAUAUAUUUUUUGUCAUUUGCGCAAAAUAUUCUAUUUUCAAUCAAUCAUCAUUAAAAAUGAUUAUAAAUCAUAGUAGCAACGUAGCUGACUUGAUGCCUUUAUCAUCGAUACAGAUUGUCUUGGUAUUUUUUUUUGGUAGAUGAUGCUAACUACUCAUGUGAUGUUCAUAUAUUUCUUCACUGCGGGUGUGCUAUGGGUAUAUGUAAUACUUUGAGGAGAAUGCCUUUGUAGAAGUGAUUGUUAAAUACAUGUUUAUGUACUCGAAUGAAGCAAUUUGCUUUUCUUUUUGUUGAGCAACAAAUAUUUUAUACCAGAUUGAUUGCAUAAAACUGAAUGCAUUGUACA